GAAGGUGAUCAAUCUCCAUCCGUCUCCAUUAGAAAUCACCUUAACACUCUGACAGACAACGACAAGCCCCCUGAAAGCAAAUGAGUUUGAUUUAUUUGGCUGCAAAAACAUCCGGAACCGCACCUAGGACGCGGUGAGGCCCGCGUGCUGAUAACUGCGUUGUUUUCUCCGUGAUGUCGCUCGGUUUGCACACUGUUGUUUGUUUUUGAGCAAGUCUGCCGCUGCUUGAGGUUUUAUGCCCUGCAGACUUCCUACUGCUGGAUACUUUUACUGCUGCUCGCCUCCUGCGGCCCGAGAGCUCGGGAGAAGGGAAGAGGAAUAAAACAAGUGACUUGGAUUGGCCCCCUGUCCCGUCAAGCUGCAGCAUCGGGGGAAACCGAACCACUGGCCUGAGCUGGGUGGAGCAGUGACCGCCUGUAGCAUGAUGUCCUACCUCAAACAGCCCCCCUACGGCGUCAACGGCCUGGGGCUCAGCGGCGCUGCCAUGGACCUGCUGCACCCCUCAGUGGGCUACCCAUCGACUCCCAGGAAGCAGCGACGCGAGCGGACAACCUUCACCCGCUCUCAGCUCGACGUCCUGGAGUCUCUGUUCGCCAAAACCCGGUACCCGGAUAUUUUCAUGCGGGAGGAGGUCGCACUGAAAAUCAACCUGCCGGAGUCCAGAGUCCAGGUCUGGUUCAAGAACCGGAGGGCCAAGUGUCGCCAGCAGCAGCAGAGCGGCAGCAGUGCUAAAGCCAGGCCGCCCAAGAAGAAGUCUUCUCCGGCCCGGGAGAGCACCGGCUCCGAGAGCAGCGGCCAGUUCACGCCUCCUGCCGUCUCCAGCACCGGCUCGUCCUCGUCUUCAUCCUCCUCCACCAAUCACACGGGCCCGGCGGCCCUCAGCAGCACCUCUACCUCCAUCAGCACCGUCUCCUCCAUCUGGAGCCCCGCUAUCUCCCCUGGAAACGCUCCUGCUCCUGCAGUGGCCCCGCUCCCCGAGCCCGGACCACCUUCUAACGCCUCCUGUAUGCAGCGUUCAAUGUCCGGCUCCGCUGCCGCCGCAACCUCCUACCCCAUGUCCUACAACCAGACGCCGGGCUACGGCCAGGGCUACCCCACCCCGUCCAGCUCUUACUUCAGCGGCGUGGACUGCGGCUCCUACCUGGCCCCCAUGCACUCCCACCACCACCCCCACCAGCUCAGCCCCAUGACGGCCUCCUCCAUGUCGGGCCACCCGCACCACCACAUCAGCCAGUCGUCAGGCCACCACCACCAUCACCACCACCACCAGGCCUACGGCGGCUCCAGCCUGGCCUUCAACUCCUCCGACUGCCUGGAUUACAAAGAGCAGACUGCAGCCUCCUCGUGGAAGCUCAACUUUAACACCACAGACUGCUUGGACUACAAAGACCAGGCCUCCUGGAGGUUCCAAGUCUUGUGAUCAGGCUCCCCCCCCC